AUGUCUGGACGACAUGAUGCCGCUCACCCCGCACCCGGCGCCGCACAUGACCUACCUGCGGUGUCAGCACGCCGGCCUCCCGGAGCCCGGCGGCGGCAGCGCCUUGCCGUGGCUCACCGGGGAUUCUCUGCUGGAGAUGGGGAUCCAAACCCCGAAGACAUAGACUUGAAUCUCUGCCAGCAGACCCAGAUGGGGUACCUGUCUUCUGUCAGGACCUUCUUCAGCCACGUUCUGUUGAGCUCGGUGUCAUCUCAGGAAAUCAAACCCCCGGGGCAGAGCAGGACGUGGUGGGGGAACCUCUGGGUGGGGGAGGAGGGCUCACACAAAGGGACCUGGUCCGAGGCGCCCCCCGUUACGGGCCGUCUUUGUCCGGGAGAGACAAAAGCACCCGAAACAACCGAUGCGUGGACGCUGGGAGAACACGCUGGACCGACCGACCUCAAAGAGCCGCCGGCCAACAAUGGAGGCCUUCAAACGGCCCAGAACCGCCGGCUCAGCGUCGGUGAACGCCUGAGCGGGUCAGGAGCCGCCGCCGCCUGCAGUGAGGUGGCGCUCCUGACCCCGGAUCAGGACAACGGGUACUCCAGUCUGGAGGAGGAGCUCUUCCAGGUGAGGAUGCUGGAAGCCCCGAGUGAAGCGCAGCGGGAGGCCGACUCGGAUGAAACUAGCGCCGCCGUCGAGACAGAAAUGGAGGACGAGAUCCCCGAGGAAGGAGAGUCUACAUCGGGAAAGGUCGACGACGACGAAGAGGAGCAGCAGGAGGAGGAAGAGGAAGCAGAAGCAGAGUCCGAGGAGGCUCCUCAGUGCCAGAACAAAGCCAUCGCCUUCAUCAUGGGUUGCCCCUGCAGCGACGAAGACGACAGCCAAUCAGACGGGGAGUCCAGCGAUGAAGACGACGAUGGUUUUGACAGCGAAGGCUCGUCUGAUGAGUCCGACUCCACCGACGAAGACGACGAGGAAGAGGACGAGGAGGAGGAAGAGGACUCUGAGGCGGAGCGGCUGUGGAGCUCGCUGUGCCAGAGCGUCGACCCGUACAACCCCGAAACUUCACCGCCCGGCUGCACACCGCCUCCUCGCCCAGGACCAUCCCCACCUCCUCGCCGCUGUCCUCCACCCAGUCCACGCCGGACUCCUCCCCGACCCUCCCUCCCCCUCGCAGCCUCCUCCUCCUCCCCUCCGUCCGGCAGCGACUUCUGGGACGACUCCACCUCGGCCAGCGAGGCUGACGAAGCAGAAAGCCUCCGCCUGUGGAGCUCCUUCAGCUGCCCCGCCGACCCCUACAGCCCCCUGAACUUCCAGGCCUCCCUCAGGACUCAAAGGCCCGUCGAGGAGGCGGGACCCAGAACCAGAACCAGGACCAAGAAGGCCUCCCAGACUCCCUCUCGCUCCCUCUACCACAACCCAGCGUCUCCGCCCGAGUACAGGAAGGAGGAGGCCGAGGAGAGGCUGGACAGUGGCUUCUCUGAACCCUCCACCUCCUCCUCCACCUCCUCCUCCACACAGAGCUGCAAGAAGGUUCGUUUCUGUGACGUCGUGGAGGAGUUCUUUGCCAGCUGUGGUGAGGAGGAGGAGGACCGGCGGGGCCCCUGGGAGGAGCUGGCCCGGGACCGCUGCCGGUUCCUGCGGCGCUGCCAGGAGGUGGAGCACAGCAUCGCCUACUGCCUGCAGCCGCAGCACCGCGGCCUGGUGUACCGCCGCCUCGUCUCCGUCCUCUACGUCCAGGACGCCUGAG